ACAAGCAAAAAAUUCCUCAUUAAAAAUAAUUAUCAUGAAUCUGAUGUCUUUUAUAUCGAUUUUAAUAUUCCAUCUUUAGAAUGUUUUUCUCAAAAUAUCUAUUCCUUCAUAUAUUGAUCUUUUCAGAGCUAUUAAUUCUGGACACCUGUCGAUCAUUUUCAUUCAGUGAUACAUUUGAUCUUCCAAUUGAUAUAUACGUGGAAAACAGUUUCAAUAGUGAUAUUAUUAAUAAUGAAUUCAUCAUAACUUUCAAUCACCUGUAUAAAUCCUCAACUCGAUAUAAUUUUAUUAAAGCUUCAUUUGCUCAAGCUGGAAUAAAUGAUGAAAGUUGGUCGAUUCUCCAACGAAUCAAUGAAGCCAAUAAAUAUCCAAGUGAUUUUGAUGUGAUUCAUUUCGUAAAUUUAUCUAUACCAUUGGAAUGGUUUGUGAAAACCGUGCGAAAUCAUCGAAAGAUAAAAAAUAUUACACCACAAAGAAAAAUUAUUCGUACUCUCAAAUUUGUAAAUAUUUCCGAAACUAAUCAUAAUCAACGAUUUAGUCAAUCAAGUUUUGAUAAUAUAAAUUAUAGUGAUACAAGAAGACGAUUGUUGCGUACAAUACCCCGACAGAUAAGUAAUGUACUUCAAGCAGACAAACUAUGGAAUUUGGGAAUCACUGGAACCGGUGUUAAAGUAGCUGUAUUUGAUACUGGUUUAUCUCUUAACCAUAAGCAUUUUAAGAAGAUAAAAGAACGAACAAAUUGGACGAAUGAAAAAACUUUGGAUGAUGGUCUUGGUCAUGGAACUUUUGUGGCCGGUGUGAUUGCUAGUAGUCGAGAAUGUUUGGGUUUUGCACCUGACGCUGAACUUCAUAUUUUUCGAGUCUUUACCAACAAACAAGUUUCAUAUACCUCAUGGUUUUUGGAUGCAUUUAAUUAUGCCAUAUUGAAAAAAAUUAAUAUCUUGAAUCUGAGCAUUGGUGGACCUGAUUUUAUGGAUACGCCUUUUGUUGAUAAGGUAUGGGAACUUACAGCCAAUAAUGUUAUCAUGGUUUCAGCCAUUGGUAAUGAUGGUCCUCUUUAUGGUACGCUGAAUAAUCCUGCUGAUCAAAUGGAUGUCAUCGGUGUUGGUGGAAUUGACUUUGAUGACCAAAUUGCUAGAUUUUCUUCCCGUGGAAUGACAACUUGGGAAUUGCCUCAAGGUUAUGGAAGAGUCAAACCAGACAUUGUUACUUAUGGAGCCUAUGUUCGUGGAUCAAAUAUUAAUGGCGGAUGUCGUGUUCUCUCUGGAACAUCGGUCGCUUCUCCAGUCGUAGCUGGUGCUAUCACUUUAGUGAUGAGCGGUGUUCUUCACAUGGGAGAUCUUAUUAAUCCGGCGAGUAUGAAACAGGCACUCAUUCAUUCUGCUCAUAGGAUACCGAAUGCUCCUAUUUUUGAACAAGGUGCUGGUAAACUUGAUCUCGUUAGAGCCUAUCAUAUUCUACGAUAUUAUAAACCUCAAGCAUCUUUAUAUCCAAAUUAUAUCGAUUUCACUGAAUGUCCUUAUAUGUGGCCAUAUUGUAGCCAGCCAUUAUAUCAUGGAGCAGUUCCAAUCAUUGUAAAUGUUACUAUAUUAAAUGGUAUGGGUGUCACUGGAUUCAUCAACAAACGACCUCAAUGGCAUCCUUAUAGCGGCUUUAAUGGACAUUAUCUAGACGUUGCAAUUUCAUACACAGAUAUACUUUGGCCUUGGUCUGGAUGGAUAGCUCUUCAUUUAUCUGUGUCAUCAUUCGCUUCCGAUUGGGAAGGCAUUGUUCGAGGACAUAUCUCCCUUACUGUUGAAUCAUCUGCAGAAAAUGUUGAGAAUAAUAACAGCACCUUAACUAGUGAAUUAAUCUUGCCAAUAAAAGUAAAAAUCAUCCCCACUCCACCAAGAAAUAAACGAAUUCUUUGGGAUCAAUUCCAUAAUCUACGUUAUCCGCCAGGUUAUUUUCCUCGUGAUGAUCUUCGAAUAAAAUAUGAUCCCCUUGAUUGGAAUGCUGAUCAUAUUCACACGAAUUUUCGUGAAAUGUAUCAACACCUUAGAUCGAAUGGCUAUUACCUGGAAGUUUUAGGCCAACCUUUCAUUUGUUUUGAUGCCAAACAAUAUGGCGCGUUAUUAAUUGUUGAUCCAGAGGAAGAAUUUUUUCCCGAAGAAAUCGAAAAACUUGGCAAAGAUUACUUUGAAAAUGGUUUAUCGUUAAUUAUAUUUGCCGAUUGGUACAAUGUGGAAGUUAUGCAGAAAGUUAAAUUUUUUGACGAAAACACCAGACAAUGGUGGCUACCAGUUACUGGUGGUGCUAACAUACCGGCUUUGAACGAUUUACUAGUCCAUUGGAAUGUUACAUUAGGUGAACAAGUUUUUGAAGGGAAUUUUAAGCUUGGAUCACAUGAAAUGUAUUAUGCAUCUGGAACGAGUAUCAUUGAUUAUCCGAAAGAAAAUUUUAUUGUAAUACAUCGUGAUCUCAACAACCAAGGUUUGGAAAUAUCGAAUGAAAACAAUAAAGAAAGAAAGAAAAAAACAGAACAAGCGGCCAUACUGGGAAUGCAUAGAAAUUUAUCUAAUCGUAAAAUUGGUCGCUUUUCAAUCUAUGGUGAUUCAAAUUGUCUUGAUCAGGCACAUCAACAAAAAGAUUGUUUUUGGAUGCUUGAUGCUUUAUUACAAUUUGCUACUACUGGACAAGUGCCGACAUUUAUUGAAAAGGAAAAACAAUCUGACACUAUGAUGCAAUCACAUAUUGAAAAUUUUAUUGUACAUAAUUUUCAAUUGAGUCGUACACAACCGAUCAAACCUAAACGAUUAAAAGAAAAUCAAUUGUAUAAAUAUUCAAAAGUAAUUGAUCAAUCAUCAAAAUUCGUUCCUAUUCAGAAAUGUAUAAAGAUCGUGUAUGAAAAACAACAAAUGUUGAAUAUUAGUUCAGAUGAAAAAUUACCUAAAUCACCAAAGCUAUUGUUGUCUGCUAAUAUUGAUGAUGCUGAUGAUGAUGAUGAUAGUGAUAAACUUGUCGAAUCGUCAUUCAUGAAGAAAAUCUUUUCGAAAGAUGACCGUCAUAGAUUGGACAACAGAAUGAAACACGAUAAAUCUAUGAACAAUGAUUGGCCAGAUUCGAAAAUGGCUCAAAUAUUCAACGGUAACAAUGGCAUACAACAAAAACAGAGAUCAUCUAAUACUUCCGAUGUUAAUUAUCAAUUCUAUUCGAUCAUGAUUAUCUCGAUAUUUGUGUCCAUUUUUUUAUUCAAAAAAUUGAUUCUAAAGCGAAGAUUUCCAUCAUUCAUUCAUCUCAGACAUUUUCGUUAGUUCAUUGAGUUCAUUCAUUUUAUCGAUCAAGUAAUAAUCGUAUAUGAAAAAAAUACAUAAAAAACCAAAAAAAAGUUCGUUGUCAUUUAGUCAUGAUUCGUUGAAUUAUUAUUCAAAGCCAUUAACAUUUUGUUAUUCGAUCAUUCAUCAUUUAAAUAAAAUUCUCAACAAUAUCAACAACAAGCAAGCAAAUUACGAAACAAAUUAUUCUUUUUCUGACAUUCGAUUCAUCAUCAUCAUCAUGUACCGUCCAUAAGUGUGAAAAUCUUUUCGGAUAUGUUUUCCGGAAUGUAGCAAUCGACAAGGGCGAUGACAAUUCAAUUUGUUGUAAUAUAUCAUGUAACUAAAUUUAAAUAUAAAGAAUAAUGCAAAUAAA